CGGUGGUGACGCGCGCGGGCCGGCGCUCGGCAGCGGGGACGGGCAGGACAUGGGAGCCUAAAGGGGCGGCUCGGCCCGGCGUAAGGGAGCGGCGGUGGCUGUGGCGGUGCCGGGGGAAGGUUCUCUUUAACGUGAUUCCUUACAAGUAGCAUUUCCUCAUCAUGGAUGAGCUAUCACCUGAAGAAAUUCAGCUGAGGGCCAACCAGGUCACUGAUGAGUCUUUGGAAAGCACAAGGAGGAUUCUUGGCUUGGCCAUUGAGUCCCAGGAUGUUGGCAUCAAAACUAUUACCAUGCUGGAUGAACAAGGAGAACAACUAAAUCGUAUAGAAGAAGGCAUGGACCAGAUAAACAAGGACAUGAGAGAAGCUGAGAAGACACUGACAGAGCUCAACAAAUGUUGUGGGCUCUGUGUCUGUCCUUGCAACAGGACAAAGAACUUUGAGGCCAGCAAAGCAUACAGAGCAACCUGGGGAGAUGGAACGGAGAACUCAGCGGACCAUGUGAUAUCCAUGCAACCAAGAAGUAUAAAUCAACGGCAGCCUCAGACUUCUGGAGGACCAAGUGGUGGAUAUAUUACAAGGAUAACCAAUGAUGCCAGAGAAGAUGAAAUGGAUGAAAAUCUUGCUCAAGUUGGAAAUAUUCUUGGGAAUUUGAAAAACAUGGCUUUGGAUAUGGGCAAUGAGAUUGAUGCCCAGAAUAAGCAAAUAGACCGGAUAAAUAUAAAGGCCGAUACAAACAGGGAACGCAUUGAGCAAGCAAACAUCAGAGCCAAGAAACUAAUUGAAAAUUAAAGCCUGCUGUCAUUGUUCAAUGACAGCCUCUCCAGCUGCAAGCCACCAUAUUCGUGGAUCUGUGAAACUUCUGUUCUAAAAUAAGAGGGGCUGGGACAAAUGAAGCAGUACCCCUUCUGUAGGGAUUAGUUUUCUUUUAUUGCUUCAUGUAAACAUGGCCUUGACUCCAAGAAAGCAGCCAACUUCCUUCUACUCAUCUGCCUUCACUUUCUUUAAACUGCUCAGGGCUAAAAGUGUUAGGGCUUUGAGAAUCUUCUUGCAUGUUUGAUUCCUCUUCCCAGUUUCUUUUUUUUUUUUUUUUGUUUCCCUGCACCAGAAAUUCAGUCCUUUAUUUAAGUUGAACAAGCAGGGUAACCUGAAUUCACAGUUGUGGAAAGUUGGAGAGGGCACUUUGCACUGUUUGAAAUACCUCAUAAGUUGAGUGUCUUCACUAAAAUAGGGACUAGGUGAAUGUUGUCUGAUUUUUAUCUCUAGCAUCUAACCAUAGUUUUACAAUCCAAACCAAUGAUUGGUUUGGAGUUGCAUUUGUGGAUCACAGAAUUGAAGAGGCCCAUUACUUACAACUUGUGGGUUGAGGGCUUUAAAACACUUCCUAACCACAUGAACUUUAAGGUAAUGGUAGCCAGAGGGAUAUACAGGUUUCCAUUUCUUUACUGUAAAUUGACAUCAGUUUGGAGGCCAUGACUAAUCAUGCUGCACUGUUCUGAUAAUAUUUGUUGUGUGUAUAUACAUAUCUGAUCUAAGCCCCAUGCACACAAGUAGAAGAAGAUAAAACUAUCUCCCUAAGGUAUUUAUUUGAUGGAAAAUUUUACACCUCUCAUCUAAAAGCUAACUUUGAAGUGUUUGAAUGAGGCAUCUGAACUGGAAGAAACUGAGUAGAAAAGCAUGCAGCUUGCUUGCAUCCCAUAUCUUACUCUCUUUUGGCCAGUUUUCACUGGAGUUCAGUUUAUGCCUUUCUCCAGUGCAAAAUAAUGAUUGAGAUCUGGUGCAGAGUUUGCUCUCAGUAGUGACUUUGGAGGUGCUUCUAAAACCUACCAAAAUCAGAGAAGCUUAUUGUGAAACUUUGUCACAAGUCUGGAGGAAGCAGUAGCUAUUUAUGAACUGUAUGCUAGUUCUAAAUAAACUAGUUCAAAAUAGAUUACUGACUGGUUUAUUAUUGAAGACAUUGGGACUGGCAGUUGGAAAUACUACAUAUCCAAGUUGCUUGCAAAUAAAAUGUUCUUACUCUAUUGCAGAAUAGAGGAGUUUCUGACCAGGUGAUGUAAACCACUCUCCUGUGAAGAAAAAUAGUUUGGUUUUACUGUAAUAUAAAAAGAUUUUCUUGAAAUCUUAAUAAUAAUUAAAUUCUAAGUGACUUAGGUUAUUUUAACUCCACCCAGCAGUAUAUUAUGCCUCUUUUAAAGUUGAAAAUGAUGCUUUGGACUAACCUGUGAUACUCAGUGUUGGAUGGCAAAAAUCUUCAAAAUAAAUUGAUUGGACAAAUAAUUAAAACUUAAUAGCAUUAUUAAGCUUUUUUGAAGGACAGUCCACAAAUGCUCUGUGGCUACUAAUAUUGAAUCCCAGAGUCAGAGAUUACACUAAUCCACCAAAAUGCAGGACACUGUCUGUUAAGUGUUCUAUUUUCUUUGUAGUAGAAAUAACAGUCAGUGUUACCAGUAUAUUUUCAGUUGGGUCCCAGGACAACUUGAUAUUUAAAGAAAAAAGAACCAAAACCAACAACCACACGCACAAAACCCACAACAACCCACCAAACAAAAAAAAAAACCCAAACAACCGACCAAAGGAUGGGGCAGCUGCAUCUAAAAAUAGGCCAGUGGCAGUUUGCCUUAUGUGAAUAAGGUAAAGUCAUUUUUAGGGGACUAGAUACUUGAGUAGUGUGGGUUGGCUCCUCUCUAGCUUCUGGUAAUUGUUGGAAUGCUACUGAAUUUCAAAAUCUCACUAGCUACCCACAUAGUAAAUUAAGAUAAUGUGCUUAAAAAUGCAAGUAGCAAAGAAGUACUUUUAAGAACAUUGCAUAAUAAACUUCAAACAGCCACCUGCAUAGAGACUUUCUAUGUCCUUUUUUCCUUCUUAAAAACUUCAGAUUAGCUUAAGGAAUAUAUGCUGCUAGUUGUGAAAGCAAAAGUAUAUGUUAUUUAAUUAUGAUUGUCUCCUGGAACAGAAGACUGAAGUGGGUUACCUUAUUCUGCUUACACAGUGCAAGCCUGCUCUGUAGCAUUUGGACAUUCCAAACAUCAGAAUGUUUUCCUCCCUUGCCGUUGCAGGUUCUUGUCCUUGACUUGCCUGAUCUCCACCAAUAAAUGAGCAUGUUGGCUGAUAAAAUGCUGUGAUUGGUAUACCAAAACUGUAAUAUUGCAGUGAAUACCACACAAAAUAAUUUCUGAGACUCUUGAGUAUUAUCUGAGUAUCAAUACUAUUUUCUGAUGUAGCAAGAGCCAAAUCAGUGAGGGAGUUGGUGCCUUUAUAUUAGUCAAAAACAGUUUGCUUCUUGGAUGUCUUACUGUUGUCUAUAGAAUAGAUGCUUAAUUUACAUAUCUAUGGUAUGAAAUCAACACUUGUACAUCUUUGUAUGUCUAAAUGCUAUUAAGAAUGAAGGUUUACAGUUUCUGCUUUUGAUUGUUAAGCUAUAUAUUGUGCACAAAAAAUACAUACUUUUAUAACUUAAUGUGUUUUAAAACUAUUUUCUCUAGAAAUGUCUUUGUUUAGUUUCCUGUCCUUGAAAAACUUGGCAGAACUAGUUGCUAUUAUGCAACUAGGAAGUUCUCAUCUAUUUUUAUUUCACAGAAAUCCCGGUGUUAAAAAAAGAACAGGUGUGGCUGGGAGGAGGGGAAUAUUUUGGUCUUUAACACUCUGGUUUUGAUCCCUGCAUAAUCAUCUCCUAAAUGCAGACUAUGAACUGUGUCCAUCUCUUCUUUGAAAGACUGUGACAUACAUGGGAGUAUACUUGAGGAUGAUAAAGGAACAAAGUAAAAUAAUUAAAACUUUCUAGUUAAGUAUUGCUAACAGAUACCUAGCAAAUAACUAGUCCAGUAGAUGAAAUUAAGAGAUUUAACCUACUGCAAAAGCAAUUUCAUUUGUGAGGCAAUUUAAAUUGUAUUUUCUCUAGUACCACAGCCUCAGAUUCCCAAAACACUCUUAAGGGGGAGGAGCUAUGGGGGGAAGUAGAGACUUUUGUUGACUUGCAACAGUUCUGACCUGCAAGACAGACUAGCAUACCUGGAAAGAGCUUGAAAGAAGUACUUCUAAUAUACUAUCUAAUAUCUACCAGUAACCAGGAACAGAAAGUAGGGACAGCCUGCUUACAUAACUAUUAUGAGGAGGCAGCACAUGUCCCAUGGGUGUCAGGUUGGUUUUUUUCCCCUGCAAUUUCAAUUCUUCUGUUUCUCUUCUGUCUCUUUGUUUCCCUUUCAUUCCUGAUUUUAGGGAUUUCAAAGAGAAUAAUUUUCACAACUUUUGGUCUAUUUCCCUACACCCAAUUUCAUCUCGGUACAAUUGGUUGUAGUGACUCCAUUUAAAAUUUUCUGGAUUUUUCAGUUUCAGUUUUGAUUGACCAUAUCCCCUUUCUGGAGUGUUUAUUCAGCUCUGUCCUGAUUUCAAGAUUUCAUUCCCUUUCCACACUUUUAAAGACAAUAAUUGGUAAAUUCAAGCUAGUCUACUCCUUGAUGAAAGACAACUUUUAGCAGAGCAGUAACUGUACUAUGACCUGCAGGACAUGCUGCUUGUACUGCUAGUUGCAGAACUCACCUCUGUGAAGGCUGUAUGGUGAAACAACUUGCUGUUCACCCCAUACAAUGACCUGCAGUUGCUAAUUCACCUUUGCUGUGCUCGAAGCAAUGCAGUGUCUAAAUGCUGGUGGAAUAGAUGGAUGAAAUGUGUGUCUUACUGCAAUGGAAAAUUAAAGAGCAAGGGAUGUAGGUCUGAAACAAAAUACACAAAUUGUUUAUAUUGUUAACUAGGGUAAUGUUCUGCCUCAGUAAUUCCAAAAUUAAAAAGCUGCAAGCGAAAUUGUGCACAGAAAUAAAAUUGGUUUAUAGCUUCGCUUUUUGCACGGUGUGGGUGAUGAGAAGGGAAAACACAAAGUCCCAGUAUAAAACUACUAAAAGGUUAGAGUGCUGAAAUGCCUAGAACAGCAUUCUACUAUGUGACUUAGUCACAGUUCGUUGCUGUGAGUUAAAACAGGCAAGGCAUCAGCCAGUUAUUUUUUCCUUGCAGAAAACAGAAAUAUGUCUUCCUCUGUUCUGGAACAAGUUUAGGUAAUUAGGACUAACUUGGUUCCAAUCAGUAUUUUACGUGGCGCUUUCUCCAUUUUGCUCUAAAAAAGCUUUGAUAGCUGUCAUAACUCCAAGGCAGCAAAGGAGACUAACAAUGAGCAAUUGAAAGGUUUCUAAAUGUACUAGUGAUCACAAAAAAGAAAUACUGAUUUAGUGAAAUUCUUCCCACAAUUGUAAGAUUUUUUUAUAGCAAUGCUAACUCCAUAAUUUUCAAUGGGUCUGUUCUACCAUCUCUUCUUGCACAUUGUUGCUGAAUAGAAGACGCCUGAUAAACACAUGUUAAAUGAGAGAAGCAGCAUCUCUGAGCACAGAUGCUUUCAGUUAAAAAAUUGUAAAACCAAAAUGCCACUGCAGCACAGUGUUGCCAAGUUUGUACAUACUGAUGAUAGACCACUCCUUUGGUGAAUGCAAAGGGGGAAUCUGCUAACUGCUAAUUUGUUCUGUUAAUGUCUCAUGCACAGCAAAACUCUAGGAAGAAAAAAGCUAGUACUUCAAGUGGGAUUUAGGUAUCAAGUAGAAGGAGCUAAAAUUUAGAACACGUGUGAAGGCUUUAUUCACUAUUCAAUUUGCAUGUCCUAAUCUGUGGAAUCUAUUAGUAUGAAGUUGAAUAGAUUUCUAACUAUACAGGAUCUUGCAUCACAGUAAGACAUAAGUGUUCUUAAAGCACUUCCCUAGUUAUGCCUCCCAAAACAAAGUAGUCUCAUAAACAUGGUCAGCUGUCAUCUACUUCUGUCAAGAAGCUAGUAGGUUUUUUUACUAAGUAAUAGCUGGAAUGGGGAAACUUAAGUGCAACUGGUUCCCUGUUAAAUGAUGAAUCACAUCCAUCCUUUGAAUAAGGAGCUGAUGUCCCCUAAAGCACUCUUUUACGUAUUACUAUGUAAGAACUGAAAUAAAAUGGCAACAGGGUCAGGGAAAUAAAUACCUCUCUGUGCAUCUCACAUAAGAAACACUUAUUGCUAAUCAUAAUUAUGGGUGUAAUGUUGAAGUGUAGCUGUUACCAACAACUGACAGACUCAAGUAGCUAAAUGAGGGCUUUUAGUGACAUCUUAGUACUACUAAAUAAAAUGACAAGAGUUACAGCAAAUAAAUUUGAACUGAUUUUUUGAAAAUAAUUUACUAAAAUAUACAAGUACAUUUUCCUUUUCAGUAUAAGUUACAUAAUUGCAUACAUUUUUAGCUCUUCCUAGGUGCUUUUGGUAAUAAGGCAGCAGCAGUGGGCUGAUGACUAAAACCUUCAGCAUUGCUCUGUACACAAGGAGUCAGUGCAAGGAUAUAUUUUCUAGCAAUAUACAUAUUUACUGAAUACACUGAAGAUGAACCUAAUUUUUAUUUGAUACAGCUCAAGCAAAAGUGGACUGUAGUGCAAUUCUUGCUUAUGGGAAAAGAAAGCCUGUAGAGUAAAAUAUAAAUUAAGGAUGGUCAAACCACAAUUUGUUUACUGGAAGCUGUUAAUAAAACAUUUAACUUAACCACAACUAUUUGUGCUUCAUUAAAAAAA